AGUUUGCCCAUAACUUCACUGACAAAAAUAAGGAAGGGAAGAUAAGCUUUCAAAUUCCCAAGCAUGGGCUUCCUCCCUACUUUCUAUCUAUAAGAUCAUUUUGAUAAAAAGAAAAGAACAACAAACUGAAGCACCAAACUAGCAAGAACAAAGGAGGAGAGCUACCUUAAGGCAUGGCUUCCUUGGCCAUUUCUGCUUCAUUGCAAACAGUUUGCAGCUCACAUCAAGCCACUAAGAAACAACAGCCCCAAUCCAGACCAGCUGCUCGCUCAUUGGGGACAAAAGAGGCCACCCAUCAUGUUGUUGCGCUGGAUGUGAAAGCUCAAAAUUGUUUAAACAUAGAGAAGCAAGAGAAGUCUGCUUUACGCAUCGAUAGGCCUGAGGCAGAGGAUGCUGCAGACUACAAAUCACAGCAUGGUUUGGGUACAGAAUUGCCUGUUGUGAAGUUCAACGACAAGCGGUGGAAGAAAGGGACAUGGGAUCUAAAUAUGUUUUCCAAGGAUGGCAAGUUGGACUGGGAUGGCAUCAUUCUAGCAGAAGCAAAGAGGAGGAAGUUUCUUGAGCUUCACCCAGAAUCAGCUACCAACGACGACCCGGUUGUGUUUAGGAGCUCCAUCAUACCAUGGUGGGCAUGGAUGAUGAGAUCCUAUCUCCCGGAGGCUGAGCUGAUCAAUGGUCGAGCGGCGAUGGUUGGGUUCUUCAUGGCAUAUGUUGUAGAUGCUUUGACAGGGCUUGGUGUUGUAGGACAAACUGGCAACUUCAUAUGCAAGGCAGGGUUCUUUGUGGCAGUCAUUGCCAUAAUAUUCAUCAGGCGAACCCAAGUUUUUGAGAACCAAAAGAAGCUAGCUGAUGAAGCUACUUUUUAUUACAAGCAAUGGCAAGCUUCGUGGAUAGAUCAAAAUGCAACAAGUGGCUCUUUAGAUCAAACUGGAAAGAAAAUUUAAGCCUGCCUUCCAAAAGAAAUUGUAUUUAUC